UUUCAGAAAAGGUGAUAAUCUCGAAAUGGCUUCAACAAAAGAUGAAGUUGUGAGAAUGAGCGUCGAUGAGUACUGGGAAGAUAUUAAAGACGAUUAUCUUAUACAACUAGCUAACACGGACCCUAAUGAAGUCUAUCCAAGCAAUAACCCCGGACCAACAACUGCUGAUGGCCAAAUCAAUUUUGAAUGUCACUGUGUCGGUCAUCUUGUUGGAAGCCCUUGUGGAUUCGAGUUUCGGGAAGCGAUUACGUGCCAAAAGACCAAUAGUGAUGGUGAAAUAGAGCAGGGAGCUUGCGGUAAGGAGUUGAUGUCGUUCAUGGAGUGUGUCACACGAACACAGUGUUUCGGUACCGGUGACAAUGAUAAAAAGUGAUGAUUCAAUUAUAAUUUGUUCAUUUUGUUAAUUUAUAAAUAAUUAUUGUUUAAAUA